AUACGUAGGCAUGUCACCUAUUAAGAGUUUCGAGUUUGACAUUUCUUGUUAACAACAAAAUUAACCAAUCAUCUCUUCUGCUAACAAGUUGGAGUUUCUGCCUCUUCUUCUACGAUCCUUUACAUGUACUCUUCUCAUAUGGGAUUUAAUGCCGGCACACACACUGGUUUUUAGAUGUGACCAAAAGGAAUGCAAUUUUCAGGUUAUUGUUGAUAAGAUAAAAGUGCUUCUGGCGUGUUUUAAAGUGUUUCCAACAUGACCCCACCUAUCAUAAUGGAUAAUAGUGUUGAAGAUGAUGAUUCAUUUACCAAGCCCCUCGGAAGAUUGUCUGUUCUUUAUUAUGGCAUGGGACACAUGCUAAAUGACAUCACCGCUGCAUGUUGGUUUACUUACCUCUUAUUGUUCCUGACAGAUAUUGGACUUUCCCCAAGGGAUGCUGCUGCUGCUAUGCUUUCUGGUCAGAUAGCUGAUGGGUUUGCUACCGUAUUUGUUGGUGAACUGAUAGACAGGUUUGGACAUUUCAAAAUAUGGCAUGCCGCAGGAUCUGUUUUGGUUGCUGUUUCAUUUUCUUCGGUUUUUGGUGGUUGCAUGCCCUGUAGAAUCCUUGCUACGUCUUCACUGACAGUGGAAACUAUCUCAUACUGUGUUUUCGCUGCCAUCUUUAAUGUAGGCUGGGCUGCUACACAAGUUUCACACAUGUCAAUGGUAAACUGCAUCACCCUGAAUUCAACUAACAGAGUAGUGUUGACAAGCUGCCGCAAUGCUUUUACAAUGGUUGCCAACCUCGGCCUAUAUGCUAUUGCUCUAAUUGUUUUUAGUGUGAGCAGUGAAAAAACGCAUGCCGAUCUUGAAAAUCAGUACCGGUGGAUCGCAUACUCAUCAAUUUUUAUUGGAUGCUGCUUUGUGGGAAUAUUUCUUCUCGGAACCCAAGAACCAAGAUUACAGAUGGAUGUUCAAGGAAAUAGACACACAAGGAUUUCAUGGGUGUACUGGUUCAAGAAAACUUUGUACUAUCAAGUUGCUCUUGUUUAUAUGCUCACCAGACUAGUAGUCAAUGUUUCACAGGCAUAUCUUGCAUUCUAUGUCAUUAACGAGUUGCAAAUGGCCCAAUCAGCUAAAGCACUGGUUCCUGCCAUCAUCUACAUAUGCAGCUUCAUCGUAUCCAUUCUUCUUCAGGAAAUGGCAUGGACUGGCCAGCGCCUGAAGGCUUUCUAUUCAGCUGGAGGCAUCAUUUGGAUAUUUUGUGGUGCAGCAAUCCUUGUUUUACCUAGAAGCAUGAGUGCAUUCAUGUAUGUCAUAUCAAUAUUUAUGGGUAUAGCAAAUGCGCUAAUGAUGGUGACUGGAAUAAGCAUGCAAAAUGUGCUAAUCGGUGAAGAUCUCAAUGGUUGUGCAUUUGUUUGUGGAACAUUAAGUUUCUUGGACAAAAUGUCAUGUGGGCUUGCCCUCUACGUUCUUCAGUCAUAUCAAAGUUCUUCGCCAACAUUCCUGGAUAACAGCUCAACAAGUAGUACUUAUAUUUCGGUUACGAGAUAUGGUUUGGGUCUUGUUCCAGCGUUUUGUUCUCUUGUUGGAGUGGCUGUCACAUACACCAUGAAACUACAUACUCCAUAUUCAAAACCUUUAAUGGAGCCCCUGUUGGAAUGAAGUCCAAAAAGAGCCAAUUUGCUGUGAAUAUAUGAAACUUGUAGGAGGUUUUGCUGUUUCUUUGUUUGUCAUCUGAAAAGAGCAGUAUGGCCUUGGCAAUUCUAUGUUGGGAAGAUGCAAUAUUUGAAUACAAAUUAGUCGAGUGAGAUGAUUCUUUACAUAUUUUGUUUUGGAAAAAAUUAAAAUAAAAAAAUGGGCAAGUUAUCGCUUGCUUUUCAAUCUGACA